UAGUGGAUGCUGUAGCGUGUUUAGUUGACGUCAGAGAGGCCCCGGCGAAGCUGGAUAAAUAGAGAUGCUGCUGCCCACCAGUCGGUACAACACUACGGAGAAAUCUAAAGGCGGCAGUCCUACAAUUCGUAACAGCAAUUCGCUGAGAAGCUUUAAGCGGCUUAGAGAACCUAGCAGCUGUGCUGUAAUUAUAUAGUGUAGAGUUAGCGGUCGAUAGCGCAGUCAGAUUUGUAUAAAGCUAAGAGUCAGUGUGUUACUAACGGUUCAAUUUUUAACGGAAAGAUGAUGAACGGACACAUCAAUGGUUACUAUAACUCGGUAAUCGAGGAGGACUGCUUUCUUUUCAGCUCGGAGUCCGUAGGAGAAGGACAUCCCGUCUCUGGCGUUGACACUGCAGAGUAGAAGAUAUGAACGGAGAAAGCAACAGUGUCAUUGCUUUGUUUUUUAAAAAAUCAUUUCGACAGAUAAGAUUUGUGACCAGAUCAGUGAUGCUGUGCUCGAUGCCCAUCUGAAGCAGGACCCCAAUGCAAAAGUGGCCUGUGAGACGGUAGCUAAGACUGGUAUGAUCCUCUUGGUGGGGGAGGUGACAUCGCAUGCCAACGUCGACUACCAGAAGGUUGUCCGGGAAACCAUCAAACGCAUUGGUUAUGACGACUCAUCCAAAGGCUUGGACUAUAAGACCUGCAAUGUGCUGGUGGCCCUGGAGCAGCAGUCACCUGACAUCGCCCAGGGAGUUCACCUGGACCGGCCCGAGGAGGACGUGGGAGCGGGGGACCAGGGCCUGAUGUUCGGCUAUGCCACAGACGAGACCGAGGAGUGCAUGCCCCUCACCGUCGUCCUCGCCCACAAGCUCAACGCCAGGAUGGCGGAACUGCGGCGCAGCGGCACCCUGCCGUGGCUCAGACCCGACUCCAAGACCCAGGUGACGGUGCAGUACCGGCAGGACCGCGGCGCCAUGGUGCCGAUCCGGGUGCACACCGUCGUGGUGUCGGUGCAGCACAACGAGGACGUGUGCCUGGACGAGAUGAGGGACGCGCUGAAGGAAAAGGUGGUGAAGGCGGUGGUGCCCGGCGUCUACCUGGACGAGGACACCAUCUACCACCUGCAGCCCAGCGGCCGCUUCGUCAUCGGGGGUCCCCAGGGCGACGCGGGUUUGACGGGCCGGAAGAUCAUCGUGGACACGUACGGGGGCUGGGGGGCGCACGGGGGCGGGGCCUUCUCGGGGAAGGACUACACCAAGGUGGACCGGUCGGCCGCGUACGCCGCCCGCUGGGUGGCCAAGUCGCUGGUGAAGGCGGAGCUGUGCAAGCGCGUCCUGGUGCAGCUGUCCUACGCCAUCGGCGUGGCCCACCCCCUCUCCAUCUCCAUCUUCCACUACGGGACGUCCCGCAAGAGCGAGCAGGAGCUGCUGGACAUCGUCCGGAGGAACUUCGACCUCCGGCCCGGGGUCAUCGUCAGGGACCUGGGCCUGAAGAAGCCGAUCUACCAGAAGACGGCGGCGUAUGGCCAUUUCGGGCGGUCCAGCUUCCCUUGGGAGGUCCCGAAAAAGCUGGAGUACUGAACCCUCUGCACCCCUCCCUCCCUGCUUGUGGGUGUACGCUACAGAGAAGCCUACAAGCGCUGGAUGGGGGGGGGGGGUCCUGUCCUCGUUCCCAUUAAUCAUGACCCUGGGGGUGGGGGUCAUGGGAGGAGCUUUCACACCUUCCAUUACCCCUCCCCUCCCCUUACCCUUCAUUGUCCCCAUUUUUCUCACACUUGUAAUUGUUGUGUGGAGGACAUUUUGAGAUGAAUGUUGUUUUUUUGUAAAUUGAGAAACACUAUGCACCUCAAGCUGACACACUCCAGCUCCUUUAACUCCAAAUAAGGCCCUAGGCCAGAAAGCUGCUGUUACUUGAUUGGUGGUAGAGAUUGUGGGCGGUUCUCGCUGGCAUCUGCCCCUAGCACCCUGUUGCUUCCUGACGGUUCUUCCUGUUUUGUCCUGUGGAAUUUGAUUGGUCUCUUCCAGUCUCCCGUCAGUAGAACCCCCUUCAGGUCAUGAACGCAGGUGUAGCUACAGAGAAACCUGCUCCCAGCAUGCACCUGGGGAAGGGCGGUCCUAGCAAGGGAAAAGAUCCCGCUGAAACCUGGAGUUUGUACAGAGAAGCCGGAGUUUCAGAAUGGCUGCUUCUGCAAGGUUUUAUUCGUUUUUAAAAAAAGGCUUUAACUUAAAUCGUGUAAUGGAUUCUUUUUGCUCCCAGUGUUGUCCUUCUUUGUCCUGCCACUGGGGGGCGCAGGACGCCUGCUGAUUGUUGGUCACACACGUUUGUUAGUCUUGUUUUUUUUUGUUUUUGUUUGAAGAAUGCUCCAAUAGGUCCCCUGCGUUCACGGGGAGAGGCGGAGUUAGGCCGGUGUUGUACAGAGAAGCCGGCCAUGUUUACAAGCCCCUCCCACCGUGGGCGGGGAAAAACUCCCUCCAUUUGUACUGCUAAAGUGCCUUUGGUCCUUGCCCUUGUUUUCCCCUCCUACCCACAGAGUGGGUCAAAUGCUUCCUGCCUCUUCAAAUAAAUGAUUUUAAUUAAAAGCUGAAUCAUUUCUGAAGUA